AUGUAUAUCCCAGAUUGUUUCAUUCUCUCUCUCUCUCUCUCUCUCUCUCUCUCUCUUCUAUUCAUAUCUAUCUAUCUAUCUAUCUAUGUUCAUAUCUAUCUAUUAAUUCAUGUCCAUCUUCAGUCUCUUCAUAUUUAUCCAUCUAUCUAUGUAUUACUUCAUAUCUAUCUGUCUAUCUAUCUAAUUCUUUACAUCUACCUAUCGUCAGUCUCUUCAUAUCCAUUUAACUACUACUUCAUAUCUAUCUAUCUAUCUAUCUAUUACUUCUUAUCUAUCUAUCUAUCUUCAGUCUCUUCAUAUCUAUCUAUCAUCCCACUGCGAAAUUACAGCAAUAGAAAAGAAUCCCUAUUGCUGAGAAAAUGGCUUGAAAUUCUUUUACUGGAAACAAAUAUCUUCGUAACAAACACAUUUACCUUUCUAUCUAUCUAUCUAUCUAUCUAUCUAUUUUAUUCUAUUCAUUUUCUUUCUUUCUCUCUCCCUCUUUUUCUUUCUUUAAACCUAUCCAUAUCUAUCUUUCUACGAUUUAAUAAACUUUUUCUUCCUCUCUCUUUCUUCCUCUCGCAUCUUCGCUCUUUUCCUUCGUCUCUCUCUCUUCACCCUCUCUCUCUCCACUCUCUCUCUCUCUCUCUCUCUCUCUCUCUCUAUCUAUCUAUCUAUCUACGCGGCCAUCUCUUCUCCUUCUUUCUUUCUUUCUAUCACUCUUCUCUGACUGUCUCUUUUCCCUCUCUACCUCAUUCCAUCUGCUUUCGAUUUCUGUAUCUCUCUCUCUCUCUCUCUCUCUCUUUUUCUCUCUUUUCCAUUCUCUUUCUCUCUCCCUCACAUCUUUCUCUCCCAUUUUAUGUCUCUACAUCACUGUACAUUUCUGUUUAUCUCUACCAACUAUCUAUCUAUCUAUCUAUCUAUCUAUCUAUUCAUUUUCUCUCUCUCUCUCUCUCUCUCUCUCUCUCUCUCUCUAUUCCUUUUUCUCCUUUCCCCAACUUUCUUCUCUCUGACUUUAUAUCUCACUCUCGCUCUAUAUCUUUUUCUAUAUUCAUUGUCAUGAUCUCAUUUUCACUCGCUCUAUUACUUUCUCACCUUCUCCUCUCUCUCUCUCUCUUUCUUUCUCUUUCUCUCUCAUUCUCUCUCUCUUUCUUUCUCUCUCUCUCUGUGUCUUUCUAUGUCACCUUCUCUCUCCGUUUCUUUUCAACCCUAUUUUACUUUUUCUUCCUCUUCUCAAAUAUGACUUUUUAUUCCCUUAUAACAAUCCGUCAGUUUUUUUUUUCUUCUAUUGGGCUUCUUUCUUUCUUUCUUUCUUUCUUCUUGAACUCUAAGCUUGUCUUUUUCUUUUCUCUUUUUUUACGGGUUUGA